AACAACUACAACAACAACAUAGUAACAACAACAUAAAAAUUAAAAUGUCUCAAUUCAAGAAAACGGGUAAAAAGAAUUUCCGCCAAAGGAAACGAUCGUCGGAAAGUGAUCUUGAUUCAGACGAAAAUGACAAAACAAGUUCAAAGUUGGAAGACAUUAAAGAAUUACAGAAGACCAGAGAACGCCAAAAAGGAGUUGAUAUAGUUGGUUUGGCGCUUGGAAAGAAAAUUCCCAUCACAGAGGAAAGAGAUAGUCAUGAUCCAUUCAAGAUGAUAACUGGUGGCUAUGUAGACAUGAAAGCUUUAAAGUCUAGGGGCACUCCACUGACAGAAGAUGAGAAGGAAGCCAUUGGAACUGCCUUUGCAGCAGAAACAAACAAGAGGGAUGAAGAUGCAGAGAUGCAAAAGUAUGUGGAAGAAGAGCUCAAAAGAAGGAAGGGACAUGUUACAGAUGAAAGCAUCAAGCCAGGACAAUCUUCUAGGGAAGGCACUGGUUUGUUUGAAUUGCCUGACAACCUGAAGUCAAUUCAGUCACGCUUCAAGAAGUCAGAAGACAUGUUGUCCAGUCAGAUGCUGUCUGGUAUUCCAGAGGUGGACCUAGGCAUUAUGGCAAAGAUUCGCAACAUUGAGGAGACAGAAGAGGCUAAACAGAAGCUGAUUGAUGAGAGACGUCGCAAGAAAGAGCAGGUGUCAGAGUUUGUGCCUACAAACAUGGCCGUGAACUUUGUGCAACACAACAGAUUCAAUAUUGAGGACACAGCUUCCGUGUUGAAGAAAAAAGAAGAGCCAGUGCCAGUGAAAAAGGCUCGAGUGGGUGAUCUUCUAACUGACAAGGAUGGGCGACCUCUUACUGUACAACCCGAUGAAAAAGCUACAGACAACUACCACUUCGACAAGUUCAAGAGACAGAUGCGCAGAUGACCAAAGUUGAUCUGCCAUACUGUGACAGAAAUGCCUUAUGACCUUCUCCCUUGGGGUUUAGCUGUUGCUGAACGUUGAUAGUAUCAUGUGACAUGACAGAACAAUGAGCUUACCUAAUGUAAUACUGUAACAAUACUUGAUGUCAAAAGCUUUUCUGUACUGCGCGCAUUAUCAGGGUGACAGUAUUUUGGAGAAAGUUGCUGGAAACAUUUGCAGAAUAAAGACUGGCUGCGUGAGCAUUUAUUCUAAUUGUUAAUACAUCACUUGAACUUUACUUAAUAGUUUAUACAGUGCAUAAUGUAUGUUAAAUUAAAACUUGUUUAAAACUACAGGCAGCUAUUGCCUGUCACAAUUGGUAAUUUAUGGUAAGUUGUAUAUAUUCUAAGAAUGCUUCAUAUUAUCAUCAGAGGGUUUUGUGAGGAAGUGCAGCAGAGUCGAAGGACCAUAACUCUUUAGUAUUUUAACACUAAUAGCACUUUGUUUUUUUUUUAUUUUCAGAGCAUAUUUGCAAAAGUAUUGAAGGAAUUGUAAAUAAGACCUCAUAAUUGCAUUGUUUGAGGACAUUUCGAGCUGAAGUGCAGAAGAAAACCUCUAUUAUGUUUUAGCAUAAUACAAGGACCAUUAAACUUUCUUAUUUA